CGCCAACUUGAUGAUUCAUAUUCCUAUUUAACCACUAUUCUAUUUUGGCAAUUCUGUUUUUUUCUAAAGAAUCACAAUAAUAAUCACUUCCGGAACGAGAAGAAGAAGAAAAAGAGCUUAAGGCUGGGUGAAAGAAGAACACAGCUUCUUCUUUCUACCUGGCUAUUACUACUUCAAUUCUUCAACUACCAUUCCACCUCGAUUUUCUAUUUUUUUUUUAAUAAACCUGUCAUCAUCAAAACUAUAUAAUAUAAUUUUAUUUUAUUAUAUUAUUUUCGAAUGGCACAAAAACCUGAACCUGAACCGAACCCUGCAACUUCUUCUAUUUCUUCUUCCACUAUUCCCGUAGCUUCCGUCGACCAACACAUGGCUACCAAGUCCACCAUGAUUCCUGCAACUUCUUGGUUUACGCCCAAGCGGUUACUGGCUAUAUUUUGUGUGAUUAACAUGCUGAAUUAUUUGGACCGAGGAGCAAUAGCUAGCAAUGGUGUUAAUGGACAUCGUGGAACUUGCACAGGUGGUACCUGCAAGUCUGGUUCAGGAAUACAGGGUGAUUUUAACUUGAACAAUUUUGAGGAUGGUGUUCUAUCGUCUGCUUUUAUGGUUGGACUUCUUCUGGCUUCUCCAAUAUUUGCAUCUCUGUCAAAGAGUGUUAACCCUUUUAGGCUUAUUGGAGUUGGAUUGUCAGUUUGGACUAUUGCAACUCUAUGUUGUGGCCUUUCGUUUGAUUUCUGGUCCAUUACAUUCUGCCGCAUGCUCGUAGGUGUUGGCGAGGCUUCAUUUAUAAGUCUUGCAGCACCUUUCAUUGAUGAUAAUGCCCCAGUAGCACAGAAAACAGCGUGGCUUUCUAUAUUUUACAUGUGUAUACCAGGGGGAUAUGCACUUGGCUAUGUCUAUGGUGGUUUGGUUGGAAGUCAUUUUGGUUGGCGUUAUGCAUUUUGGGUGGAGGCAAUAUUGAUGCUUCCAUUUGCUAUUUUGGGAUUUGUUAUGAAGCCAUUGCAGUUGAAAGGUUUUGUCCCCGCUGAUUCAAAGAAAGUGUCGGCACUGGAGACAGUUACUUUGGGAGUUCAAGAUGCGGAGGCUUCAAACGGAAACAACGAAUCACAUGAACCUUCCAAGCCAAAAUGCAGAUGCAAAGUAUUAAAUCAGGUCUCAAUAUUUCUGAAAGAUAUGAAAGCACUUUUGUCUGAAAAGGUUUACGUCGUCAACGUUCUAGGUUACAUAGCAUAUAACUUUGUCAUAGGUGCUUACUCGUAUUGGGGGCCCAAAGCUGGUUAUAGUAUAUAUAACAUGACUAAUGCAGAUAUGAUAUUUGGAGGGAUUACAAUUGUAUGUGGAAUAUUGGGCACUUUAGCCGGAGGCUUUGCUCUUGAUUACAUGACUAACACCCUAUCAAAUGCAUUUAAGCUUCUCUCAUUUACAACACUUGUUGGUGGUGCAUUUUGUUUCGGUGCCUUCGUAUUUAAAAACAUGUAUGGCUUCCUAGCUUUUUUUGCUAUUGGCGAACUACUUGUUUUUGCUACUCAGGGUCCUGUGAAUUAUGUAUGUCUCCAUUCUGUUAAACCAAGUCUGAGGCCACUAUCAAUGGCUAUGUCUACUGUUGCUAUUCAUAUCUUUGGAGAUGUACCUUCCUCGCCUCUUGUCGGAGUUGUCCAGGAUAGUAUUAAUAACUGGAGAACUACCGCAUUGAUUCUAACAACAAUAUUUUUUCCAGCAGCUGCUAUAUGGUUCAUAGGAAUAUUCUUGCAUAGUGUGGAUAAAUUUGAUGAAGAUAGUGAGCAUCAAGUAUCAAGAGUAGAGGAGACAAGUACAACCACCGCGCCGUUGCUUGAAGACAAGACCAGAGAAACAUUGCCGUUUUCUCAGUCCCAAGAAUGUUAACCUUUUUGAUAUCUUUUGAUGGCUGUCAACGUAGUUUGUUUCGUUCAUAGUAAAUAGCAGUUAUCUUAAUUCUUUGUUUAACGUUUUUUAAUUUAAGAUUGAUUUUUUUUCUUUUCGUGUAAGUAUCUUUUUGCUUCUGCUUAGUGAAAAUGAAAUAAUGCAAGAAGCUAUCUGCGCAUCUGCGCAUGAUAUUUGGCUAUGUUUACGUUACUCGUGGCACACCUCUGUAAAUAUUGUUCAUGCUUGUGCUCCAAUGAGUAAUCAUGAUUAAGUUUUUUUUACA